AUGGCUAUACCCGAGCCGGAGCCUGAGCAUGAGACGGCCGACUUCACGGCCUCAUUCAUCGCGGACGAGAUGGAUGUCGACAACGGCACUACGCCGGUGAACGAAGCGGCCGCUGCCCAACAGCAGCAGCAGCAGCAGCAGCAGCAGCAGCAGCAGCAGCAGCAGCAGCAGCAGCAGCAGCAGCAGCAGCAGCAGCAGCAGCAGCAGCAGCAGCAGCAGCAGCAGCAGCCGGCUCUCGAAGCGCCACAGCCGACACAGCCGUCUCAGCUCCGGGCAGUACGGUCACCCGUGCGGACACCCGAGCUGCAGACGACUCUGCCUCAGCGGCAGGCUCCGAACGGGACUGGCCAGAGCUAUCAGCAGCCACCGCAGCCACCGCAGCCACCGCAACUGCCGCAACCGAAACAGAUGCAGCGCGGCGCCAGCCAGGCACGCGAGUCGUCGCCGGGCACGCCGGGCCACAUCCCGCCGUUUGACUGGGAAGAGUUUGAAGCGCGCUAUGAGCACGCGCUGGCGGAGAUGAACGGCGAGGAGAAGGAGCUGCUGGAGGAGUUUGGCCGUCUGGUGAAUUACUUUAACGUCUGGGCCUCCGCUGCCACUGCCCACGACGAUGAGCGUGCAGUGAAGAGACUACAAACUAGGGAACGCUACGUCAAGAUUGCUGAGCAGAGCCUUGGCCAGAGAAAACAGCACUUAACGGAGGUCGUUCGUGCGUUCCAAAGCGCCUUGGCUCUGCUGAGCCAGACGUAA